AUGGGCUGCACAGGAUGGAACGAACGCGCCCUUUACCAUCAAUACUACAAAGGACUUCUGAAUCGGAUCAAGGACAAAUUCCCUUGUAUGGGCAAGCCAACCACCCUCAUCAGUCUGCAGCAAUCCACCCAGGACCUCGACCAUUGCUAUUGGGAGCACCAAAACGAGAUCAAUCACAAAAAGUGCAAGGACAACGCCAACAGCAAGUCCAGCACCAGCAACAACAAUGGCCCCAGUUCUGGCUCGUCCAACUCCAAGGGCAACUCAGCCGGUUCAUCUUCUGGCUCUGGCUCUGGCUCCUCGAACUCCAAGUCCAGCUCCAACUCCAGCCACAACAGCAAGGAUAAGGACAAAUCCAAGUCCAAAGGCUCGUCCUCAGACAAGCCAAAUCCCCUGGCUGACAAGUUGGGUUCUGAUGGAAAGCUCAAGCCCAAGGAAUGA